AAAAAAAAAAAUCUCAGCUCAACAACUUGAAACUAGCCAUGGGCCAAGUCGCGAGCUGGCCUCUGCCCCAAGACUACAAGUCCCAGCAUGCCGCGCGCCGGAUCUUGCCCCCGCCCCUUCCGCUCCAGGCACCACCUCCUCUCGAUGCGCCGGUGUGGGGCGCGUAAUGGAAACGGGAUGCUGGCUGCUUGGGGGCGAGUUCGAGGACUCGGUGUUCGAGGAGAGGCGGGAGCGGCGGCCUGGACCACCCGAGUCGUACCGCGCCAAACGCUGCGAGCCACAGUGGUUUUAUGAAGAAACAGGGAGCAGCGAUGAUGUUGAAGCUCUGACUGUCCAGAAAUUCAAAGGGGACCUGGCCUACAGACGGCAAGAGUAUCAGAAAGCACUGCAAGAGUAUUCCAGUAUCUCAGAAAAACUGCCGUCUACAAAUUUUGCCAUGAAAAGGGAUGUCCAGGAAGGCCAGGCUCGAUGCCUUGUUCACCUGGGAAGGCACAAGGAAGCCAUGGAGAUUGCCACAAACUUGGAAAAUAAAGCAACUAACACAGACCAUUUAACCACUGUACUCUACCUCCAGUUUACUAUUUGUUCCAGUUUGCAGAACUUGGAGAAAACCAUUUUCUGCCUACAGAAACUGAUUUCUUUGCAUCCCUUUAAUCCUUGGAACUGGGGCAAAUUGGGAGAGGCUUACCUGAACCUGGGGCCAGCACUCUCAGCAUCGCUUGCGUCAUCUCAGAAAGAGAACAGUUUCACCUCAAGUGACACGGCUAUCAAAUCCUCCUUUCCCCACUCAGGAAAAGACUAUCUUUUGUGUUUCCCUGAAACUUUGCCUGAGAGCUCUGUGGAAGUAAGCAGUGGUAAUAAGCAAAAGAAUGAGAAAGCUCUUAAAGAUAUUAAAAACCGUAUGACAGAAGAGAGAGCAGCAGUGUUGCUGGAAACUCAGAUGAAAGCCUGUGCCUCUUUUAUACGAACCAGGCUUUUGCUUCAGCUUGCCCAAUCUCAGCAAACAUCGUUUGCUUUGGAGAGGAACUUAAGGACUCAGCAGGAAAUUGAAGAUAAAAUGAAAAGGUUCAGCUUCAAAGAAGACACUUUGCUGUUGAUAGCAGAGCUUCUUGGACUUAGUCCAGAAAACACAGCACGGGAAGAUGUGACUCUGGCACUUCUGGGCCAGGCCAGCAGGGCCAGCAGAGUGGACGCAGGGAGCCAGGGUCAAGGCUGCCUGAACCACAGCUGCAGGGUCUUCCUCAGAUCUGACAACUCAAGCCCCUCGGGAUCCAGUGCAGACUCCAGGACCCUCCAGGUCAGCCCACGGCUCUUCAAAGCAAAGAGCUGAGCUGCCACAGGGCCUUGUCCAGCUCCAUCCCCUAGAUGCCUCGGUUUGCCCCAACCCAGGUGGCCACACUUUGAAUCAACCUCACAUAAUUUCCAGUGGCAGGUUCUGGGCCCCAUCCCUAACUCACCGCCCCAGGGACUCCCUAGUAUUAGGUUCUUCCAGGGAGGAGACAUUCCCAUCCCCUUCCAAAAACAUCCAGUAUGUCCCCAGACUGUCUCCUGAAUCUCUCCCUCCUGGAUCCCUGGGGAGUGGGCCACUCCUGGGCACUGGGACACAGGAGGACCUUGGUCACACCCACCCUCUGCCUCAGUGCCUCAGUUUACCCAUAUGUAAAACUUGAGUUGCCCCAGCCCCUUGUCUCUUUAUAGGUUUGGGAAAUGUCGAUAUUAAAGCCCUAGCAGCUCUUUGGAAGAAA